CGCAUGGCGAAGAACUAGGGUUUAAGUAAAACAAAACGCUCCCAACCUUAAAAAUCCUCUCUUCCUCGAAGUAGAAAAACGGAGGGUUUUCUGCUCAACGCAUAUACACUAUUCAUACGGUGUAUGCACUUUUCUUUGCUGCGGUUGCAGCAGCUCUCAGAGACUGAAAACCAAAACCGAAUCUUUCCAAAACAGCAUCCUUCAAAAAACGAAAUCUCUCUCUCUCUCUCUCUCUCUCUCUCUCUCUCUCUCUCUCCUGGUGUUGCUGGAAAACGAGAUGGGAGAAGAAGGAGAAAAGAAGCAGCAGGAGAAGCAGAAGAAGAACCCCCUCUCUACUAAUCCCGACGAUUACAUCAUAAUCAAAGAAGGAGAUGCAGAAAUCCUCAUGCAUUCCAACAACCAAGUCUUCUAUAACAAGACCCAGGUUAACAACAGAGAUAUAUCCAUUGCGGUUCUGAGGACCUUUAUAUCCAAACGCAAAGAGGAGCAUGAGUCAAUGCGGAGGAAAAAAAUGAAAACAGAACAACAGUUAUCCGAAGAGGGUUCUUCUGGACCUGUGCCUGAGGAAGCAACCAUUCCUCAUGAGGAAAAAUCAAAUGGAGAAUGUGAAGUGCAGAUGGAGCCGUCUCAAGAUGAACCUGAUUGCAGCUCAAAAGAACCGUUGAAAACUACGUGGGGAAAGGGACGAGGGGAACUAAAGCCCCCAAGAGUGCUUGAGGCUUUGGCUGCUUCUGGAUUAAGAGCGCUGCGUUAUGCACGUGAAAUAGAAGGGGUUGGUCAAGUUAUAGCAGUAGACAAUGAUAAAGUGUCUGUUGAAGCUUGCAAGAGGAAUAUAAAAUUAAAUGGUUCUGUUGCCUGUUCAAAGGUGGAACCUCAGCUUGCCGAUGCUCGAAUUUAUAUGCUCACACAUCAGAAAGAAUUUGAUGUGGUCGAUCUUGAUCCUUAUGGAUCGCCUUCUGUGUUCUUGGACUCUGCAGUUCAAUCAGUCGCUGAUGGAGGGAUGUUAAUGUGCACAGCCACUGAUAUGGCUGUGCUUUGUGGAGGAAAUGGGGAAGUCUGCUAUUCCAAAUAUGGCUCGUACCCUUUGAGAGGAAAAUACUGCCAUGAAAUGGCUCUUAGGACCCUCCUAGCAAGCAUCGAGAGCCAUGCAAAUCGCUACAAGCGAUACAUAGUUCCUGUCCUCUCCGUACAGAUGGAUUUCUACAUUCGGGUCUUCGUGCGCAUAUUCACCUCUGCAAGUGCAAUGAAGAACACUCCUCUUAAGCUUUCAUAUGUAUACCAGUGUAUUGGGUGUGAUUCUUUCCAUCUGCAGUGUCUUGGGAGGACUGUCACUAAGAAUAACAGCGUAAGGUAUAUGCCCGGUUUUGGUCCUGUGGUUCCUCAAGAUUGCAGUGACUGUGGGAAGAAGUUUAACAUGGGUGGGCCCAUAUGGUCGGCCCCAAUCCAUGACCAAGAGUGGGUAGCUUCCAUAUCAGCAAAUGUUAAGUCUAUGAAGGAUCGAUACCCCGCAUACGACAAGAUUUCAGCUGUGUUAACUACAAUAUCUGAGGAGCUGAUUGAUGUGCCUCUCUUUGUGAGUCUCCACAACCUGUGUGCAACUCUCAAAUGCACCUCCCCAUCUGCAGUUAUGUUCCGUUCUGCAGUUAUCAAUGCUGGAUAUCGCAUCUCCGGCAGUCACGUGAAUCCACUGGGGAUGAAAACAGAUGCUCCAAUGGAAGUCAUUUGGGACAUCAUGCGUUGUUGGGUCAAGAACCAUCCUGUGAAAGCUCAACCAUCAGAUCAAUCAGGAAGUGCCAUCCUGGCUAAGGAACCUACUCUGCAGGCUAAUUUUACAAGAGCGUUCGCCUCCCUUAGCAAAGCACAAGCCAAGAAGGUGGCCCGUUUCCUUCCGAAUCCCGAACGGCAUUGGGGCCCGAAGGUUCGUGCGGGUCGUCAAAUCACAAGCAAGCAUGCUUCUCUGUUGGGUCCACAGAAUAUCAACGAGCCUGCUAGUCAUGAGGGAGAUGAACCGGACCCCAAGCGCCAAAAGACAGAUGAGGCCACACCAGAUUCAUGACGACAUGGUUAGUUUUUUCUAGUUUAAGUUUGUUGCGGGACCCUUCAAUGGAGGGAGAGGUUUUGUUUGUUUUAAGUUAUUUUUCCUAAUCUAUGGUAAGCUCUCUAAACUAUUUAUUUUAUUUUUAAGGAAAUGAUAUAAAUGCGCAUAUUGUAUUCCAAAAAUAUUACAUAAAUGCCCAAUUUGAGUA